CGCAGUAAAGUCUGAAAAUCUGGGUCACAGCUGAGGAAGACCUCAGACCAGGAGUCCAGGAUGUGGCCCGCUCUGCUGAGGUCUCACCUCCUCCCUCUCUGGCCGUUGCUGCUGCUGCCCCUCCCACGGCCUGCUCAGGGCUCCUCCUCCCCUCGGACCCCACCGGCCCCGGCCCGCCCCCCUUGUGCCCGGGGCGGCCCCUCGGCCCCACGCCACGUGUGUGUGUGGGAGCGGGCACCGCCACCAAGCCGAUCCCCUCGUGUCCCAAGAUCUCGGAGGCAAAUCCUGCCCGGCACUGCGCCCCCAGCCACCCCAUCGGGCUUUGAGGAGGGGCCACCCUCAUCCCAAUACCCCUGGGCUAUUGUGUGGGGUCCCACUGUGUCUCGAGAGGAUGGAGGGGACCCCAACUCUGUCAAUCCUGGAUUUCUGCCCCUGGACUAUGGUUUUGCAGCCCCCCAUGGGCUAGCUACCCCACACCCGAACUCCGACUCCAUGCGGGAUGAUGGAAAUGGGCUCAUCCUUGGAGAGACACCCGCCACACUGAGGCCAUUCCUGUUUGGAGGCCGAGGAGAAGGUGUGGACCCUCAGCUCUACGUCACAAUCACCAUCUCUGUCAUCAUUGUUCUCGUUGCCACUGGCAUCAUCUUCAAGUUCUGCUGGGACCGCAGCCAGAAACGGCGCAGGCCCUCCGGGCAGCAAGGGGCCCUGAGGCAGGAGGAGAGCCAGCAGCCACUGACUGACCUGUCCCCUGCUGGAGUCACUGUUCUAGGGGCCUUCGGGGACUCGCCUACCCCCACCCCUGACCAUGAAGAGCCCCGAGGGGGAGCCCGGCCUGGGAUGCCCCAGUCCAAGGGGGCUCCAGCCUUCCAGUUGAACCGGAUUCCCCUGGUGAAUCUGUGAUGCCCCCCAUGUUGGGGUGCUGCCAAGCAGGAGGCCAAGGGGCCAGCAUAGGCGCCAUCCCACUGAGGGUGGGGCAGCCAAGGGGAGCUGGGGCCAUGGGGCUCCAGCUCCUGCCCUUGCACACCACGCGGAACACUCCCUGGCCACAUGGGCAAGCCCCCUGCUCACCCUCCUAUAGUGGGGGCUUUACGUACUUGUGACUGUGGGUCCCCACACCCCUUGCACACUCACAUGAAAGCCUUGCACAUUCACCUCCACCCUCCCAGGCCAUGGCACAUGCUCAUGCUCUCGGCAGCCACUCUUCUGCACCUCUUCCCUUGCACACCCCUUGCUCACUGAUGCUCACACUCGUUUUCCAUUCUUUGGCCUGCACACACUCCAUGCUCAGCCCAGCCACCCGGUGGCAAGGUCCCCAUCCAUAUACCCCUCACUGUGCAUUUCUGGCAGGAAGUCGUGGUGCGGUGCACUUGCUCUGCCUCAUAGACAAUCACUGGUCUAGUUUCUGUGACUCCUGCAUGUGCCCUCGAGGAGGCUGGGAGGGGAGCUGGCGGCUGUUCGUGCCCUCAUCUGUCAUGCCCCAUCCUGUCUUGUGUCAUGACUUCACUGUCCUCACAUCCCAUCCCACUCCAAGCGUGCUGGCGUCACCCUAGGGCUCCCCCACGGGGAUGGGGUAGUGAGGGCUACUGUUAAGUUCUGUUGUCUGAGGUGGGUGUUGGGCGUCGCCUGCUGUACUACAUGGAAAAGGGACUCCUGUUCAUCUUCACUCCCUCCAAGUCCCUCUUGUCUGUCCUGGUUGUCUGUGUCUGUGUCACUGGAUGUGAGAGCCCCUGAGCAGGUCCUCUGGUCCCCAGCCUCCCUGGGCCUCCCUCCCUUCACCCGGCCUCGAGGGCUGGAGCAGCUGGUUCAAGGCCCUCAGGAGCCCCACCUCCACAGCCAGCCCUC